UGAGGUUGAUACUUAGAUCUGUAGAAUCCCUACACAAGACUGUUUACAGUAGGAAUCCUAUCCCGGUACUAUAUGAAUCUGGUCAAUUGUGCAGCCUGUGAAGAAUUUAAGUAUCUGUGCCUGCUGUGUGAGUGUUUGAGUAUGCUGAAUCAAAUAUAGACAACAAGAUGCUAGCCUCCAGACACAUUACAUUACUUACACGGCAUUAGUGAAAACGUUUGGUUCAACAAACAAGAUGAAUACCUCAAGAAGAAGCGAAAAUGAGUGGCAGGGUAUGGUCAGCGAGUUUCUGGUGUGUAAGCGCAAAUUAGAGAGCAAGAAAGAAGCCCUCCUGAUCUUGUCCAAAGAGCUUGACACUUGUCAGCAAGAGAGAGACCAGUACAAGCUGAUGGCCAACCAGCUACGGGAACGACACCAAGGCCUUAAGAAGAAAUACAGAGAACUAAUCGAUGGAGAUCCCACUUUACCACCUGAGAAAAGGAAUCAAGUGAAUUUGGCCCAGCUACUGAGAGACUCUAAAGACAGGAGUAAGCAGCUGUCAGACGAGGUCAAGGAAAUGAAUCAGCGCUUGGCUGAAGCCCAAGGAGACAAUAAGCUUCUACGGAUGACCAUUGCUAAACAGAGACUCGGGGACGAAGAAGUUGGAGCACGACACUUCCCUGCCUACGAGAGGGAGGACUUGGUCCAGCAGUUGGAGACAGCCAGGGAGCAGAACGAGGAGCUGGAACACAGCAUGAAGGCUCUAACAGACGAGCUGCAUGAUGUGAGAGCGGAGCGCACCGUGUUCCAGGAGAAGGCCCAGAGGCUCAACCGGGAGAUGAACCACAUCCUGGGAAACCCUGAGACUGGGAUGCUGGAUAUGGAUGCACUUUGCAUGGAGAACAGAUAUCUACAUGAGCGGUACAAACAGCUGCAAGAGGAAGUCAACAUGCUGAAAACAAAUGUGGUGAAAUACAAGAGUGCUUUGGAAAGUAAGAAGAAUGCUAAAAUGUAUGGAAAAUCCAACAGUAGCGCACUCACAGGGGUACUUUCAGCCAAACAAGUUCAGGAGUUGUUGCUUUCGGAAGAAAACGGCUGCAGUCUGCCGGUAACGUCCCAGUCCAUCUCAGACCUCAAGUCCCUGGCCACAGCACUGCUGGAAACCAUCCAUGAGAAAAACAUGGUGAUUCAGCACCAACGCCAGACUAACAAGAUUCUGGGAAAUCGGGUUGCAGAGCUGGAGAAGAAGCUGAAGACCCUGGAGGUGUCUGGGCUGUGGAGUCUGCCAGGAGGAAGAGACGCCAUCAUCCUGAACGAAGUCCAGCAACCUAGAGAGCAGCCAGUGUCACCAAACCCUCAAAACCAAGAAGAAGUAAGCGUGAAGCGAGAAGUAAACGUGGAAUCCUAUACAGCAGAUGGCAGUGCAGCAACUGAGGGGGGGCUGACUGAUCUGCCCUGUACGUCGGAAGUGCAGAGCCAGACGGACGGGCUGCUAGGCGACAGCAGCAAGAAGGAAGUGUCAUCAGUGUGUGAGGACACGCCACACACUGUGGAGGAGGUCACAACCCACCUUCAGGCAGAGAUGACGAACCUUGAGGGUCAGACAAUCGACCAAUCACUGAGUACAAAUGAUGUCACCGAUAUGGCAACAAACCAAUCAGAUGAGGCUGUGUGGAGGGGUCCCUCUCCUUCCUCGGAGACAGACGUCGAAACGAACCGCACCUCAGACACUAUCCACCAAUCAGGACUUUCAAUAGACCAUGGGGGAGGAUGGGCAGAUAAAAACGUUCAGGGGGUGGGAUCUGUUGUGAUUGACAGUAACGAAGGCCUGGCGACAGAGGAGGCAGACGUUCCGUCGUUAACCUUCAGCUCUCCCGGCAAAAACACUUUGGUCCAUGAGGGAGAGAAACUUCCAGACUACAGGGCACAGCUGGCAGAUGAACCAUGUGAGCGGUCAAAUGAGGAGGAAUCUGGAACAGCUAACAGUUCAGAUCUUCCAGAUCAGAAGGAAAACAUUGCUUGAUAGUUUACGGAGAUGCUGUAAUUCCACACGUAUCUUAAAUACUACUUAAAUUGCCCUGUACACCAUGCAAUAGCUAACGUGCUACUUUGGGUAUAGGCCUUCGCUUUUCUCAUGACAUUAAAAUGCACUGUGUGCUAUGUGGCAGCUGUUUAUAAAAGGGGUCCAGUUGAAAGAACUUUUGUUAUUCUCAGUUUUCCUUUUUGUCUCAAUGUGAGCUAAAGACCAAGUCUAACAUUAAUAUUUAUUGUGAUGAGUUAGCCUCACUAAAGCUAAAUGCAUGCGUGACCAAUCAUAUACCAUCUUAUUUUAGUUCGAUGUUCCACUGUUAAUUGUACAACAAGACUAUUUAGUUUACAAUUUAGUUUGUCUGUAUCCUACGUUAUUUAAAUUUCAAAGCAUAGGAAUGGAUGACCAAAUCUUUUUUUCUAACACUACGUAUAACACUCAGAAUGUCAUCUUUGUUUUCAAAAGGUAGUACUAUGAUGCUAUUCAUUCAUUUGCGUGUAAAACACUGCUUGAUUGUCAGUUGUGACAAGGGUCUUCUAUAUCAAGGCUAGACUCUGAAACUUACCUUAAUGUAUUGUCACUAAUCUGUUCAGAUAAGAAACAUGUCAGUCACACAGUAAAUAUUUAAUGUCUACAAACAAAAACAAUAUGCACUGAAUGUUCCACAGUCGUGUCAAGUGGUCUGGAUCAUGGAGCACCAGUUUCAAUACUCAUACAAGCAAACACAAAAGACAAAAGAAUGAUGUACAAAAUAGGGCGACAGCAUAAAGCCCUCCACGUGCUUGAAAUGUAUUUUCCUGCAGAAUAAAUACUUUUUACAAAACAGAUUUUUUGUCAAUUUUAUUUCAAUGAACUGAAAUCACCUACAAAAGUGAAAUGACUAAAUAAACAUAAUGAGAGACUAAGACAAGCGUAAUGAAAUGUUUAGGUGUAGAGAGGAUACCUGGUCAGACCUCGUCAGGAGACACGUUGAAUGGUCACAAGAGGGCGUGUUGCACUACAUUCAGAACAAACUUUUAGUUUGUUUUUAUGUGAAUAAAUGCAGUGACAAUAAGUUGGAUUGUUACAUUGACUUUAGAUGCACACCGGAUGCAUCCCUCACUGCCCUCUGUGCACGAUUUGCAACAAAAGUAGUUGAAAGCACAUGUUAAAAAUCUCAGUUUUACCAUGUGCCAAAAUAACUUUCUACUCUGCUCCCUUAGCCCCGGCUUCUCUGCUGUCGUUGUUGGUACUUCUUCCACAGUUUUGGUGUAGAAAUCCCAAUG